GGAAACCGGGCCCAGUAUCGCAAAAGGUGCAUUUAGAGAGUUCCUGCCCCUCUGAAACACGCCCAUUGCAUGGAAUGACGUCUGCGUGUGGGAAGUGGGCGGCGUCGCGUGGCGUUGUUGUGUCAACGUGACUGUCAUCAUCAGCCAGCCGAGCCCGUCCGUCGCCCGGAGCCCGUCCUGCGCGCUGCGCUGCCUACUGUAGACAACAAUGUACAGUCGCUGCGAGUGAUCCGAGCCCCGCGCCGUCCCUAUGCUAACCGCACCAACAGGACCGACACACGGCUGCCCAUCGAGAUCUUCGGUCACGCAGACGGGGAUUGUAAUCUUCCAUAUUCACUCAACACAGAGGAUAGCAAGUAGCUAGCAAAUUAGCGUAUAUUUUUCCAGGUAGCGCUGGAUUUUUUUCAGGUAACACCCGGGAAGGCUCUGACAAAGGCGGGGGAAGGUGGCUUGAAAGCUAAGGAUGAAUCGCUUCCGAAAGUGGCUUUACAAGCCAAAGCGGACUGACCCGCAGCUGUUGGCCCAGUUCUACUACGCUGACGAGGAGCUCAACCAGGUUGCCAUGGAGCUGGACGGCCUGGACGGCCGACGGGAUCCGCAGAGGUGCACGCUAUUGGUCAACCAGUUCCGCUCCUGCCAGGAUAAUGUGUUGAACAUCAUUAACCAGAUCAUGGAGGAGUGUAUCCCGGAGGAGCGAGCCAACCGAGACUUCUGUGUUAAAUUCCCAGAAGAGAUUCGUCAUGACAACCUGGCAGGACAACUGUGGUUUGGAGCAGAGUGUCUGGCGGCGGGGUCCAUCAUCAUGAACCGUGAGAUUGAGAGCAUGGCGAUGCGUCCGCUGGCCAAGGAUCUGACGCGUAGCCUGGAGGAGGUGCGCAACCUGACGCGAGAGCAGGCGCUCCGUGACCUCCACAGCUACACACAGCGCAUACGGGACGCCCUGCGACACUUCGACAGCCUCUUCGCCGAGUUUGAGCUCUGUUAUGUAUCAGCUAUGGUUCCUGUGAAGUCCCCUAAAGAGUACUACACCCAGCAAGAGGUCAUCGUGCUCUUUUGUGAGACUGUGGAGAGAGCGCUGAAGCUAGGCUACCUCACACAAGACAUGAUAGAUGAUUACGAACCUGCUCUCAUGUUUACAAUCCCAAGACUGGCCAUCGUCUGUGGUCUGGUGGUGUAUUCUGAAGGCCCUCUGGAUCUGGAGCGUAAGGCAGAAGACAUGUCUGAGCUCUUCAGACCAUUCCGCACUUUACUGAAGAAGAUCAGGGACCUGCUGCAGACGCUGACGGAGGAGGAGCUGCAGACGCUGGAGCGGAGUCUGUGCAUCUCUUCAGACGCCGAGUUCCCCCCCGCGCCCCCCCCCACCAGAACACCCCCCAGCCCCCCGCACACUCACACUCACACCCCGCAGGCCGAGGAGGCCAGCCAAUGGGAGGAGGUGGGUGUGGCCCUGCUGGGGGAGACAGAGGAUGAAGAGGCGGCUCUUGAGCAGGAAGAGGCGGGGCUUCAGCAGGAAGAGGAAGUGGAGCUGGCGUGCUCCAUGCAGUAUGACGAGGAGGAGUACGAGCAGCUCAACAUGCUGGUGCAUCGCCUUGGCGACCACAUGACAUCAUUGCUGUCCCCGCCCAGCCAGGGCCAGAGCCCCUCCCACUCCAGCUCCGCCUCCAGCACAAACCCCUCCCCCCUGCACACACACGCCACACCCCCCACACACACACACACACGGGAGGACGAGCGAGUCUUCUUAAUGGAUGACCUGGAGGGGGGAGGAGCCAUAGCCACCAUCACCAAUGAGGAGGAGCUCCGCAUAGGCCCCGCCCCCUCCCGGCCCUCGCCCAAUCACACGCCUGGCCCUCCGCACUCCCUCUGCAACGGUUGGUCGAGGCCCCGUCCGUCAGAAGAGGCGUUCACUACGGCGCACGGCGGCUGGGGGGUGUGUGGGGGGGCGGAGCCUGCUGAGGUCAUCGCCAGCAGAACGGGCGGAAUGAAGCUGUCGGCCACGGUCAUCUUCAACCCCGUCAGCCAAUCAGAGCACACGCUGGUGCUGCCCCACCCAGGGGAGGCGGGGUCGUGCGGAGGGGGCGUCGGCCUGCUGCACUCCUGCGUGUGCUGUGCUGGUUGCCAGGACGCCCAUGACAGCGUCAGCCUGGAGACGGCCGCCAUGGCAACGCUGGGUCUGUCGCUAGGGCUGGACAAGAGGCGGUCCGGCAGGAAAGGAGACGUCCAACUGACUCCGCCCUCCCCACGCACAAGCCACACCCCUCACACACUCACUAGCACAGAACACACGGACCCCAGUGAAGACAAGUCAGCACUCACACACACACACACUAGUGAUGAGCACACAGCACACACACCCUCUGGUGAGGAAAACACACUUCCUGCAGCAGCGUGUGGAGAGCUGCGUCCAGCCCCAGCCUCAGGGUCAAAGGUCAGCCCAGGCAGGAGUGAGGAGAGGACGCCAGAGGACACGCACAGGGACGCCCGAGACAUCAAGAGGAUCAGCAGGUUUCAGGACUCUCCUCUCAGCUCAGUGUCCAGCAGUGACUGUGAGAGUGUGUCUGUCACAACAUGCAGUCUGUCCAGCACAUACACUCCCAGCCCCAUCAGUAGUCUGACCAGCAGCUCUGAGGGACUGGACCAGCAGGAUAUGCAGUUGGCCCUACAGGCCGCCAAGACUGCUGCCCGCAACAAAAUCCGCUCUCGUUUCCAUAGCAGCAGCGACCUUAUCCAUCGCCUCUUCGUCUGUAUAUCAGGUGUGGCAGAUCAGCUGCAGACAAACUAUGCCAGUGACCUGCGGAGCAUCCUCAAGACACUUUUUGAAGUCAUGGCAACCAAAUCUGACCAGGGCGACAAUGACAAGCAAAAAAAAGGCCCGGUGCGUAGCGGUCUGCUGGAAGACUGUGUCCUCUGCCAGGAGAGCAGCUCCUCUUCGGAUGUCACCACCAAGGCCCAUGAUGAACAGGUCGAAGACCCUCCGGAGUGGGUCCCAGAUGAUGCGUGUAGCUCGUGUGUGUCGUGUAAGGCUCCAUUCACAGUCAUCCGCAGGAAACACCACUGCAGGAGCUGUGGAAAGAUUUUCUGCUCGCGCUGCUCCUCCCACUCUGCUCCGUUGCCAAGAUACGGCCAGAUGAAGCCGGUGCGAGUGUGUACACACUGCUACAUGUUCCACGUCACACCCUUCUACAGGGACCGCACAGGCAUCUGACACACACACACACACCACACACACACACACACACACACACACACAUGCACACACACACACCACACACACACACACACACACACACACACACCCUUCUACAGCGACCGCACUGGCAUCUG